AUGGAUGAUUUAGCUGAUCUUGUGUUUGAUCCUCCUAAAAAAGAGAUAAAAUGUUCUCAUGCGAUUCUUAGCAAGAAUCAGGUUAUGAGACACAAGAGUUCAAUCCGAAAAUGUGAGUCCCUUCAUAAUCGCCAACAAAAUCGUGAGGAAUCGAAUGUGGAUGAGUUUUCGAUUGAUCCCGCAAAGAGAAAAAGUAUUUAUGACUUCCAUGUUAAUGACAGAGAGAAGGUCAGAAGUUGGCUAGAGUACAGUGUUUCCGAGGAUUCAGUUUAUUGUCUAUGCUGUUAUCAUUUCAAACCCGAGCGUGGAGGCCAGAGUGGUGGUGAUGUGUUUGUCACUCAAGGGUUUACUAAUUGGAAGGAGGCGUUGAAAAAAUUCAGUGAACAUGUUGGAGAGGAUCCAAAUAGUAUUCACAAAAAGUGUGUUAAAGCUUGGCAAGAUCUGAUGAAUCAAAAUCAACAUAUAGAACUUGCACUAUCAAAUCAGAGUACUCAAUGUCAACUUGAUUAUCGCACUCGUUUGGUUGCAACAAUUGACGUUGUUCGGUUGUGUUUGAGUCAAACAUUGGCAUUUCGGGGACAUGAUGAGUCUGAGGAGUCUAACAAGAAGGGUAAUUUUCUCACAUUUUUACAAUUCCUUGCUGAUCAUAAUGAAGAAAUCAAAAGGGUUGUUUUAGAUAAAGCUCCUGAUAAUAACAAGCUAACUUCUCCUGAUAUUCAGAAGGAUGUGGUAAAUGCAAUGGUUGUUGAGACUACCAAGAUUAUUCUUAGUGAACUUGGAGAUGACUUAUUUUCUAUUCUAGUGGAUGAAUCACGUGAUAUUUCUGUUAAGGAACAAAUGGUUAUUCUCUUGCGUUAUGUUAAUAAGAAUGGAUGCAUAGUGGAAAGUUUUCUUGGAGUUGUCCAUGUUGGUGAUACUACUUCUUUGUCUCUUAAAUUUGGUGUUGAGGAGCUGCUGCAGAAGCAUCAACUGAGGGUAGCAAGGAUACGUGGACAAGGAUACGAUGGAGCUAGUGAUAUGCAAGGAAAGUUUAAUGGUUUGAAGAGAUUGAUUUUGAAAGACAAUCCUUGUGCAUUUUUUGUGCAUUGCUUUGCUCACCAGUUACAGCUAGCACUUGUUGGUAAAGUGAGAAAACAUCGGAAGAUAUCAAUAUUUUUUACACAACUUAAUACCAUUACAAGUGUUGUUGCCGGAUCAUGUAAACGCCAAGACUUGCUUCGUGAUAAACAAACUACUGAAGUGAUUGAAGGUAUUUGUACUGGUCAGAUUUCCACUGGAAAGGGACUGAAUCAAGAAUCAACUUUAAAGCAUGCUGGGGAUACACGAUGGGGUUCGUAUUAUACUACAUUAUUGAGCUUGAUCAGAUUAUUCAAUCCAGCUAUAAGUGUAUUGGAGCAUAUUGUUGAGCACACAGAUGAUCAUGAUCUUCGAGGUAACGCUGAACUAAUGUUGUCAACCAUGAAUAAAUUUGACUUCAUUUUUCUCUUGCAUCUUAUGAAAAAUAUAAUGGGAAUUAGUGAUGGAUUGUCACGUGUUUUACAAAAAAAGGAUCAAGACAUUGUUAAUGCGAUGAAUCUUGUUAAUGUCACAAAAAACAUGUUAAGAUCUAUGAGAAUAGAUGGAUGGGAAUUUUUUUUACAAGAGGUUACUUCAUUUUGUGAGAGUCAUAAUGUUGUUGUUGUUGAUAUGAGCUCAAGUUUUGUUGAUCCUAGACGAGUUUUACGCAAGUCCGAGGUGUUAACAAAUCUACACCACUACCGCAAUGACAUGUUCAUAAAUAUUUUGGAAAGACAAGUUCAAGAGUUAAAUGACCGGUUUGAUGAAAUUGGUACUGAAUUACUUUUCGAUGUCACACAUGAUGAAAGAUUUGUGGAUCUUGAUGAAAUUGCGGAACUUGGUAGAAAAAUGGUUGAGACAAGAAAACAUUUGAUUCAUCCUUUGGUUUAUUUACUUAUCAAAUUGGCUAUGCUUUUACCUGUCGCAACAGCUGGAGUGGAAACUGGAAAGAGCAUUUUCUGCUAUGAAUAUUAUCAAGACUCGGCUUCGUAA